AUGGCUGACAAGAAGCCAACAGAAACAAGAAAGCAAGACGAUUCGAGGCUAUUUUCAGAAAACACGAAACUACAGAACAAUGAUCAUGCCACCAUAAGCUUGGUGACAACCCCUUUCGACGGCAACAACUAUUUCACAUGGGCUAGAUCAAUCAGAUUUGCCCUUGGUGCUAGAGGAAAAGAAAGGUUCAUAGACGGAACCUGCACAAAGCCUGAACAAGACAAAACAGAAAUCGAACAAUGGAGGAGAGCAGACUGUAUGGUCAUCACCUGGAUUCUCAACUCAAUUUCAAAAGACAUCGCUGAAGCCUUCUUGUGCACCACCUCUUCAAGAAACCUCUGGCUCGACUUAGAAGCAAGAUUUGGCGCAAGCAACGGACCACUCUUGUACCAAUUGCAAAAGGAAGUCAGUUCUGUGUCUCAGGGAAACACAAGUCUUGCUGCAUAUUCCAUCAAACUCAAGAAGUUGUGGGAUGAACAAGCCACCUUGGAUCCACCGCCAAUAUGCUCCUGUGGAGCUGGAACGAAAUUCGCAGAGAAAACCAAUUUCACUCAACUCAUCCAAUUUUUGAUGGGCUUGAAUGAUGCUUAUGAUCAAUUUUUGAUGGGCUUGAAUGAUGCUUAUGAUCACAUCCGUAACCAAAUUUUGGUGAUGGAUCCACUGCCUUUGAUGGGAAGGGCAUAUUCCAUGGUUCUACAAGUCGAAAAACAAAGGGAAGUAAAUGCCAAGAGCCUUGAUUUUAAUAAAUAA